AUGGCUUUGAAGUUAGAUAUUGCUAAGGCUUUCGAUAGAGUUGAAUGGAAAUUUAUAGAUGCAGUGAUGGAAAGGAUGGGCUUCUGUCAACAGUGGAGAAGAUGGAUCAUGCUGUGCAUUACAACAGUCACAUACUCGGUGCUGAUCAACGGGGAACCCACAAAAAUUAUAAAGCCAAGUCGUGGACUCCGUCAAGGUGAUCCAAUUUCUCCCUACUUGUAUAUUAUCUGUACUGAAGGCCUUUCUAGAUUGAUUAAGCAGAACAUUCAUAAUCAGAAAAUCCAUGGUUUCAAGGCGUCGAAGAGUGGACCUGCCAUCUCUCACUUGCUUUUUGCAGAUGAUUCACUUCUCUUUUGCAAAGCAACCGAAGAAGAAGGUCGUAACCUCUCUGCUAUUCUCGCCAUGUACCAGAAGGCAUCAGGGCAAGAAGUCAACUAUGCCAAGUCUGCCAUUUCUUUUGGGAAAGGUAUACCUUUUACAGUUCAAUCAAACAUAUCUACCAUCUUUGGUAUCACAAAAAUUGGAGGGUUUGGUCGUUACUUGGGGCUUCCUGAGCAGAUAGGAAGGAAAAGAAAAGAAGAUUUCCAUUAUAUUGUUGACAGGAUUAAAAAUAAGUUAGAUAGUUGGUACUCAAAAUUCCUUUCGACUGCUGGGAAGGAGGUUCUCCUAAAAGCGGUAGUUACGGCUUUACCAACAUAUACUAUGUCCUGCUUCCUAUUGCCAAAGACAUUGAUACAGGAAAUCACUAAGGCAAUGCGGAAGUUUUGGUGGUCUGCUUCUCCAGACAAGUAUUCAAUUUCGUGGAUAGCAUGGAACAAAAUAACGGCCUCCAAGAAAGACGACGGAUUAGGAAUCAGAGAUAUGAUGGCUUUUAACAAAGCGCUGCUUGGUAAACAAGCUUGGAAGUUAGUUACACGCCCCUCAUCCUUACUUGCCCGUGUUUACAAGGCCAAAUAUUACAGGAAAACCGGUUUCAUGGAAGCACGUGCCUAUCAAAGUUCAAGCUUAGCUUUGAGAAGCAUUAUCCAAACGCAACCAUUGCUUAGAAAAGGAAUGCACUGGGCUGUUGGCAAUGGUGACCAGAUCAGAGUCUGGCGGGACAACUGGCUGCUUGGAGAUCCUCAACCAACGCCAACAGGUCCUGGUAGGUUCUUUUAUCCUAAUCUUAAGGUUAAGGACUUGUUCUUCCCUGGGGCAUUCUCAUGGAAUCAACCUCUGUUGAAUCAAUUAUUUCAACCUGAGGAUGCUCUGAGAAUAUUGCGCCUUCGCCCAAGCAUAACGGGAACCCAAGACUUGUUGUAUUGGAAACUCAGUAAAACAGGAUCAUACACAGUUAGGUCGGGCUACUAUGUGCAAAGGGCGUUGGACAAUGAAAAUGCUCAGCAAACUCAUGUCAUUUCCUCUCCUUCUGUGCAACUACGAAAUCAGCUCAUACAGAAAAUUUGGACACUGAAAUUACCACCUAAACUCAAAAUUUUCUGGUGGAAGGUGCUCCACAAUGGCUUGCCAGUUGCAUUGAAUCUACAUAGAAGGGGCUGCAGGGUUAUUCCUGAGUGUCAGCUCUGUGGAGAAGGUAUGGAAACAAUACCUCAUUUUCUGUAUGAAUGUCGAGUAUCUAGAGAAAUCUGGCAGUUAGCUUACCCUGACCUUUCCCGGAGCCUAGAACCUCAUACCAAUCUCUUGAUGUUUGUCCACAAAAUUGUAAAUGAGGAUACAAGAGAUUUACCAAGUAAUCUAGCUUGGUUUAUAGGGUGGAGGAUAUGGAAGAUGCGGAAUAGGUUAUUAUUUGAUAAUAACCGGGAACAUAUCGUACAGGUCAUUAAAGGAUCUUUCAUGGAUUUGAACUUGUGGAAGGAGGCUAUAUACUAUAAUGAGCCUGACUUCCCAACUCAGGUUAAAGAUCAUCGACCACACUCCAUCAUUGAUGUCCUCCCGCAAGAAUCAAUGCUAUAUUGCAUUGCUGAUGCCUCUUGGAAGUCUGAACAUGAAGCUGCAGGCAUAGGGUGGUCCUUAUACAGUCGACAAGGCACUUUCAUUAUGCAAGGAAGCUCAGCAAUUGCAUCAACAAAUUCAGCCUUUGAAGCCGAGGCAGUGGCAACUUUGCUAGCUGUUCAACAAUUACAUAAACUGCACUACAAGAAUGUUAUAUUUCUAGGUGACAACGAUCGGUUGGUUAAAAGCUUGGAGCCUACUCGAGGACGUGAAAAUACUUCUUGUCAUGAAGCUUCUACGAUGGUACAGGACAUCCUCAAUCUGGCUAAGCUAAAUGAUUACUCUUUCAAACAAGUCCCUAGAAAUUUAAUUUAUCAUGUUGAUCAAUUAGCAAAGAGAGCUAGACUAUCUAACCAAAAAUAUGUAAUAACUUGGCUCUCACCAUAA